AUGGGAGGUGUUGACCACCAUGACUGGUUAGUUGGAAAAUAUGCGGCGGUAAUUAGAGGGAAAAAAUGGUACUGGGUCCUAUUUACACGUAUGCUGGAAAUGGCCCUCGUAAAUGCCUGGCUCUUCUACAGACUAGUACAUGGGAAAAAUGCACUGGAUUUACUGGAUUUCAGACGUACUGUUACAGUUACAUACCUGAAAUUGGACACUGGAAGACCGAAUAUUGGACGUCCCAUGGAGUACCCAUCAAGUCAGUUCAGAGUCAUACCAGACAUCAGGUUUGAUGGAAUUGGUCAUAUGACAAAAGAAGCACGCAAAGAAGAUGUGUAA